UCUCCGGUCUGGAUCAUGGCUGCUUGGUCUCUGUGGGCGGUCCAGCGGCGGGUGCAGCGCCUCCUGGCCUCGCGUAGCAGGAUAUGGCUUCACCCAUUCAGCACUGCCACUCAGAGAACUGCAGGUGAAGACUGCAGUUCUGAGGACCCUCCUGAUGAGCUUGGGCCCUCUCUUGCUGAACGAGCCUUAAAGCUAAAAGCCGUUAAACUGGAAAAGGAAGUUCAGGAUUUAACACUGAGAUACCAGAGAGCUGUAGCUGAUUGUGAAAACAUAAGGAAAAGAACCCAGAGAUGUGUGGAAGACGCCAAGAUAUUUGGAAUCCAGAGUUUCUGUAAGGACUUGGUGGAGGUAGCAGACAUUUUGGAGAAGACUACUGAGUGCAUUUCUGAAGAAACAGAACCUGGGGACCAGAAGCUCACUCUGGAGAAAGUUUUCCGAGGGUUGUCACUUUUAGAAGCAAAGCUGAAAAGUGUAUUUGCCAAGCAUGGCCUGGAGAAGAUGGCUCCUAUCGGUGAUAAAUACGACCCUCAUGAGCAUGAACUCAUCUGUCAUGUGCCAGCUGGUGUUGGAGUACAACCUGGCACAGUGGCGUUAGUAAGGCAAGAUGGCUACAAACUUCAUGGCCGUACCAUUAGACUUGCUCAAGUGGAAGUGGCAGUGGAAUCUCAGAGAAGAUUAUGAGCAGGCCCUGAAGAACUGAAUGUUCUCCCAGAGUGCAGUCACCUGUGUUUCCUUUAUUUAUUAAACUAGGUUUGUAUUGUACAUGAGGUACUUCAUGUGAUCUGUUUUGGAUUUAGUCAUAUUGGCUUUAUUUCUAUGAUACUCUAUUGAUUUUAUGUGACCUGUUUGGUCUCAUCAGAAGUCUUGCCAUUGAGCAUUUGAACAAUGUGACAAGUGUUCCUGUGGCCUUUAUCAAAAUAUGUUUACGAAAAUUAUUUUUAAACUGGUACUCUGAUGACUUCAGAUCCAAAAUCAUCUUCUUAACUGUAUUUUCAACUAAUGGUUGAAAUUAGUACAAUAUCUUGUAUAGUGUUUUGUAUUCUGUGGGAAAAGGAGACAGUAGGGAUUAGUUCAAUAUUUGGRUAUUUAGAUGAUAAAGUUUUACACUUGUAUAUGUUUAGAUUGGAUUGUUUGGAUUGGUUUUUAUAUAGAGAGAUUUUUCAGGAUUUCCCCCUUUUGUUUUAUUCUUUACUGUUUAUCCAUCUUUUGUCCUUGUAGUCCCAGUUAAGCUUCAUUACUUACUUUGUUUUGUGAUACUUACCCCUUUCCAAUUCCACUUGGAAGGUAGGGAACAUCAGGAAAUUCAAGGUACCUACAUCCCUUUAAAGCAAGGAAUUAUUUUUUAGCCUCACUAGGUAAUUUCUGGUAAAAUGAGGCAGCACUAACAGYUAAUGACCCCAAAUGAGUCUGUAUUGGUAAUUACCCACAACUGCUCAUUCCCUGUCCCAACUCCUAUGCCUUAUUGGUUAAAUUUGCCUUAGGAUCCUAUAUUAGAUUAUGUGGAGAAGUGAUCAGGACAAAAAUGUUACAUUCCCACAAUUUCUCAUUUCACUUGGUUAUAUUGAAAUUUUUUUUCUUUAGUUGGUUCUAUAAACCACUGCCUCUCUUACAUUGACAAACUUUAUUUUUUGCAGUGUUGGGGGUUGAACCCAAGGUCUCAUGCAUGCUAGACAAAUGCUCUGCCACUAUGAUACAUUCCCAAGCCUGUCAAGCCUUUAUCCAUAGUUUUUGUAUCCAUCUUAAGUCAAAUUUGUAUAAACAUCUAGCUUCCCUCUUUUUUUUAAUAUUUUUUAGUUAUAGGUGGACACAUCUUUUAUUUUAUUUUUAUGUGGUGCUGAGGA